UCGUGCAACAACAACUAUUGCUGCUAAGCGUCACGACAGGCGGGCGCGACUCUUUGCACACAUCCCUGACGUUAUGUAAUGUGAGCGUAGAGUCUAUCCGUUGGCCAUUCGGUGCUUUUACGUCUCCCGUGUCGGGGGUGAAUUUAACAACAGCGGCACCGGCUGGUGCAGCAACGUCAGGGGUAGUAUCGUACAGUUCAGUGUAUCAGUCACACACACGUUUGAUAUCAACUCCAAGCACGCUUCAUUCCGAUCGACGACAGGCAAUCGCAGCCGUUACCUUUGUGACAAACGAAGACGAAGCCAUGAGGAAACUGUUAGCUGCGUAUCCCGCUGAGCCUGAGCGAGUCGAUAGUCCUGACUGGAUUAAGGACGAAAGCCUCGGUGUCGGAGGAGUCUCAAUGUCUACAAGCAGUAAUAACUUGAACGCGAACAACAGUCACAGUCUAAAUAAUAACAGUAAUAGCAACAACGAAGAGGAUAUGCAUAGUGACCACUCCCCAAUGAGUUCACCCCAGUUGACACAGCCUCUUCUACCGCUGCCGCUUCAACUCCCGCUGGCGUUGGGCCACAAUCAUUCCCACAGAACAGCGUCCGCUUCCUCAUCUCCUGAUCCCACCGCACUUCAUCUGGGUCACGCGACCCAUAACAGUCAUACACCUACGCAUCACACAGGCCAAGGUGGUCACACGGCCCAGGGCACGCCCACGCCGCAAGACUACUCACGUAACGGUCAACAACAGGCAUCGCAGCAAACCUCAGACAAUCACGGCGUCACCGAAGAUCUCAGACGGUCACCGAAAAUUGAGCCGCUAAGCCAAGGCAGUCUCCACAACGACCUCAGCUCCCAGAUCACAAACGACUUCAAUAAUCAAAACUACACCGUUCCAGACGCUUACACGACACAAGACCCAAAUACGGAUCCUUACAUGACUGCCUACACGCUCGGCGAAGACCUUUCAAUGAAUUCGCCGCACAUGGGGAGUCUAGAGACUACGGUGUUGCGGUAUCCCACUAGCAACAGCAGUGGGGGUCAGCCCUCUACGAUUGUACAUCAUCAGGCAACAAGCUUUAAUCGUCCUGAGCAGCUUAACUCAACAGAAGCUAAUGAUCCCUCCAGCGUAGGACAGUAUUCGGCCGCCUCUGUGCAGGCGCAGCGAACUGUGCCUAAUCAAGGUGGACAACAGGAUACUCAGCAGCAACAGCAGCAGCAGCAGCAGCAGCAGCAGCAGCAACAACAACAGCAGCAGCAGCAGCAGCAGCAGCAGGUCCAACAACAGCAGCAGCAGCAGCAACAACAAACUUCCACGGGCUCGGUGUACAGCCCAGUUGCCAGCCCUCAGUAUGCCGUCUCGACUCCAUGCAAAAUGUAUCAUCAGCAGACGUCAUUUUCAUCAGACGCAGCGUCGACGCCAUCGUCCCCAUCGACUCCACAAGGCUCGUUCUGGACGCCCGCAGUAUCAACGCCCGAAUCUCUAGCUUACGUCACACCGCAACGAGCGGUUUACUCGUCUCCUACGUUUCCGGUAGAUCACAACCCAUUAGAGUCCGCCUCGUUCCCUUACGGUUCGGCGACUGGAAUACCUUCCCGACCGGGAAUGGAGGUGGAAGUGUAUCAUGGCGAAGGUCGGGAGUGCGUCAACUGCGGAGCGAUCUCUACGCCUCUCUGGAGACGAGACGGAACAGGACAUUACCUCUGCAACGCUUGCGGUCUCUACAACAAAAUGAACGGAGCACAUAGACCAAUCGUUAAAACACCACGACGUUUGUCACCUUCUCUCCAAUCAGCGAGUCGUCGUCAGGGUUUAACUUGCUCAAACUGUUCAACAACAAACACAUCGUUAUGGCGUCGGAAUAACGUUGGCGAACCCGUCUGCAACGCAUGUGGCCUCUACUUCCGUUUGCAUGGGGUUCCCCGUCCACUAACAAUGAAAAAGGACACGAUCCAGACCCGUAAACGCAAGCCGAAAUGUUCUCCGAAUCAGGGUCAUGGUCAAUCACAGGUACAUCCAGCACAUCCGGGCCUUCCCGUCCAACAGAAUCCCAAAGGCGUACCAGGCCACGACGGUGCCCUUUCUGUCCCGGCGCUUAGAGAUGGUACUACAACGCUGACUGUCGCGGACGUGAAUUCAUUGAUGGUGCCCGGAUCAAAGAUGUCUUUAGUGUCAGGAGUACAGGGGUUAGGCCAGAUGGCGUUCCCCUCUUCUUCGCAAGCUCUUCCGAUAUCGGCUCAGACCGUUUCCUAUUUAGGCGGCGGCACCUCCCAACCGGUCACAAUGGGUAUGAGCGUAACCGCUGGAGUCGCUCGACAAGCAAUGCAACCAAACAUGAACGUCAUGUCAACGCUUACCUCACUUGGUAUGUUUGGAAGCCCCUUGGGCGGCUCCUCGGCUCCGAGGGGCGUCUCUCCGGGAAGCUUUCUUAUCGGCUCACAAACAGCGGAUGAGACUGAUCGCAGCGCAACAGGUCAUGCACCCACUCUGCAAUCGUAAUCUUUCUCAAACGUUCAUCGUUAUUUUAACCAUUUUGUAGUAUAUAUGAAAGUUUCGCACGUUCGUCGUACACGAAUCUACCAUCCGACAUUCUAAAACGGUCCACGCUCCGAAUGUCAUAUCAACUAACCAUUUGCUGUGUCUUAGCUAAGGACAAUGAAAUAUCGGAACCAUAGUAAAAUCUUGUUCCCUGGUGCGAAGAACUGUCGGAGAAGUUAGUUCGCGCAGGGGAAAAAGCUAGUCGUAUCGCCGGCAGACGUCUAUCAAGAUAACUCAUAGCCUACGUAUAUUCUUAUAAGCUAAAUUAAGCGUUCAAGACACGCUUAGUAGAUACCAUCUGCUAUAGAUUCGGACUCGCAAUUGACCUUGUAGCGCGAAACAUAUCUGCUAUGAAUGUUGUCAAUUAUACAUACGAUAAAUAUAAUUAUGUGAUAGGUUGGCUGCUAUGGUACAUUGUUAUUAUGUUGAACACCAACAUCUCAUUUGGUACUCGACUUCCACUUCACUGAAAUAUCCAAACACUUGCGUGAGAGAAGCAGCAUGAGAAGCUUAUUACGAUGUGGGCGGUGGUCAUUGACGGUAGGUGGAACGAGUUCCACAAAGGUGGACUUGUUGAUGUUGGCUAUACAUGUAAAGAAGACGCCUCUAUGCGCACGCAACGAUCCACUCUAGCAAAAACCUAUUUUUUGCUAGCGUCUGUGCGCGUUGGCAAAUAUUAGCUGGAACAUCCAACCAAACCUGCUCUUCUAAUUAAAUACAAUGGCAUAAUAUCGGUAGUUUGUAUUAAAAUAUAUUCUUAAUUAAUGAACGAAUUUGCUCAAAAAAUCGCUGACUAUAGCAGGAACGAAUAUUAGUUGCGGUAUUAGUACAAGUGCAGAAUUUCCGCAGGCCACCGUAUCAGCUACCGUAUGGUACCUAACAAAUCGUCCUUUUAUUGCUUCUGAAAUAAGGCGAUAACAGAGGUCCUUUAUAAUUUAGGCAAUAAAUAGAAAAGGUGUACUGCUAGUAUCUUGGCGAUAUUUUUGUGCGCCUUGUGAAAGACGCACGUCCAUUUCGAGCCAAGUAAACUAUUGUUUGUGUUUGCCUUGCUCCAGUAGCAUUAUAAAAUAAACAUACGAAUAUACAAUAUAAACAUAGCGGAUCAUUAGAAACGUGCAAUGUACUUUGGUGCAUUCCAGUGAAAGCCUACUACAAAGGCCAGUAUGCUAAAAAAAAGUACAAAUUAUAGCCAUUUAUAUAACACGUACUGCAAUCACACAUGUAUAUAUUCUUACUUAUGAGAUUCUAUGCAAUUUCUAUAUUUUGCCUUAUCAUUAUUAUAUAGAGUCUAGCUGCACUUUGUACAAAAUUCCAGCCGAUUGAUUUCGCUCAAAAUGGACUAUAUUUAAUGAUAAGUAUUACAUAAUUUGAUACAAUUAGGGUUAUCGAUUGUAAAUAACUUCGGCUCUUCUAGACCCCACCUAAAGGGGCUAUGAAGUAUUAAAACAAUUAACUUGAAAUACCAUACAUAAAAAUCGCAAGAUAUAAUGCAGCUAAGCUAAACAACAUAAAUAAACAAAUCUAUAGGUAUUGUGCAGAUUUUUUAGUUUAGUUAGGCAAAUGAAGUUUCGAGCCGUACUAACUAAAAAUAUAUAUAUAUAUAUAUAUAAGUAGAUACUUAUUAACACUGCAAAAGAGAUGGUUACAAAUAUUUGUGUGAAUACUAUGUAAAGUUCAAUGAAGCUGACGGUACGAACCAUAGCCAAGCAGCCAUGUGCCAAAGACUCGCCAAGAGCAAGAAUCACAAAUACAACAAUGAAGAAACCGCAUAAAAUCGAGUGAACGAACAGAACAGGGGUGCGUAUGUCCUACCACUUCGGACAGGAGUUGCGGUUGCAUGUGCGUGAGAAAUAAAUUUCGAAACAAAAUAUGGAUGAACUCA